ACAGAAAUAACAGAAAGUGAUACCACCAAGGUUCACCCUGCCGGCGAUAUAUACAGCAGUAGAACUUGAUGCCUGCUUGAGCAACUCGUUGCUGGAAAGAAACCUUACUCAACUGGGACUUAUAGCUUUUGGCAGAGAUCAACUGCUAGUUUUAGUGAUGAAACUCAGACAGAUUUACCCCGGUGGACUACCGGAGGAGGCGAUACGUAAACUGGGAUUCAUUAUCACUGUAUAUGAACCUGAGGAACUUAUCACCUGGAACAUAACUAUGCCAAGUACCCUUAUACUUGUGCUGAGAAACAGCCCAAACAUGAACACGACAGGAACAGUUCUUCAGAAUUACCUGGGGCGAUCUGGACCUCUGACUGCAGCUGUGUUGACUGAGAUUAAUGGUCCAGUUUUGUGUAGUCUGAGUGAAGCGAAUCUGCGAACCAUUGCUCCUGAGGAACUGAGGAAAGCCAGCCCAUUAAACAUCUCCACAUGCACUCAGCCCAAGAAGAACAUCAUCUAUGGUAUUGCAGCAGCUGCAUUCCGAAAUGAAACUGCUGAUCCCACAGUCUACUAUCCCUUCAUCGAGCCUUAUCUACCUGGUGCACCACUAUCCGCUUUACAGACUUUAUCCACUCAAAAUAUCAACAUGGAUUAUUCAACCUUUAGGCAGCUCAAUCCAGAUGUUGUGGAAAAACUGACUGCUCCGGAACUUCGUGGUCUACUUGGAACAAAUCUAGGCGCUCUUAAAACCAAUGAAAGAGACUUAAUCGUGCAGCGCUGGGUUAGGACACAUUCGCCGUUUGAAGUGGACAGUCUGGGGGUUAAUCUGGUGGGAGGACAGGAGCCUUUUGGACUUGGAAACAUUCAGAUCCCCAUACCGCCUUCAUCUGCUUCAAUGAACUGUUAUAGCAUCCUCCUCUCCGCAUUAAUAACCGCGAUGGGCGUCACGUUGCCGUCCAUUUUAUAAACUGGCAUUCAGUGCUGAAAACUGGAAAGAAUCCAGGCUCCCUCCCAGAUUUUAAUGAAGGUUUUACAAGUGCCAAAUGUACAGUGAGUUGUAUAUCGAUUGCAAUCCAUUGCGGACCAGCCCGACUCCAACUUUUGAGACAAAGCUUUGCAUGUGAAGCAGAUGAUAACGAAUCAGGAUUGACAUUAAACACAAUUUUUUCGUGAGGUAAAUAAUAAUAAUAAUGUGGAAUUGAUGGAUUUCAGCACCAUGAAAGCAGGUUCAGUAACGUAUGGGAUAGGUAGUACAAGCAAGAACUGGGAGUGAACGGAGUGGAUCUUUCUCCACGAACUACCUCAUACUAAAUGGGCCGAAUGGCUUCUGGUGAGCAUUCUGUAAAAUUCCACCAUUCUUUAAUAGGAAGGGGGUUUAGACGCGGCACGGUGGUGCAGCAGUAGAGUUGCUGCCUUCCAGCGCCAGACGCCCAGGUUUGAUCCUGACUAAGGGUGCUGCCUGUACGGAGUUUGUAUGUUCUCCUUGUGACCGUGUGGGCUUCCAUCGGGAGCUCCGGUUUCCCUUCACGCUCCAUAGACAAACAUGGUUAUAGGUUAAUUGGCUUUGGGGAAAAUUGCAAAUCAUCCCUAGUGUGUAGGAUAGUGCUCAUGUACGUAGUGAUUGCUGGUCGGGCUGGACUCAGUGGGCUGAAGGGCCUGUUUCUGUGCAGUAUCUCUAAAAGGUCUAAAAGGAGGGGCAACAAUGGAUUGCAAGCAAUUAGACAAUUAAAUAAAAACCAGUUUGAUUACCCAAACGUGCCGUAUAAUCUUCAUUCAUUCAUUCCCUGUUCUCACUGUCCCUAUAACAUUGCUAUCUCAUCUGCCACAUUUUUCUUUGCUCACUCUGCCUGGAGGUUCUGUCUGGGCACAUGUGCAGAGUACUUGCACUUUGAUUUCACGGCAUCACCAUCAGCUAUUUACAAACCUUGCGUGUCAAGCAAGGGGUUCAAAGGAUGCCAGUGAUCAUGAAAACAAAAUCCGUUAGGACUAUAAUUAUUAAGGCUCAAGAAACAAAUAUAUAGUUUAAGCACAAUAUCGUAAAUAUUUAAUUCAGCACUUAUCUCCCAUCCCCGAUCGCCUAUUUCCCUUUUAACCCCCCUCAUUCCGUUCCCCUCUGCCCACUUCCGCCCUUUGGAUUUACAUUUAAUUCCUCCACUUCUCUCGUUCUCCGAUACCCUUUGGUCUCCUUUCAUCUCUGGCCUUUGUCACUUACUCCAUCCAUCUGCCAUGCAACCCCCUCCCCCCCCCCCCCC